AAGAAGUCCUACUUCGUCCAGAGAUCAUCAAACUCGGAUCAAAAGGGGCCGCGGUGGAGGUGGUGGGGUCAAGUGGGGAGAUAAUUGCAUCUACGAGACACUCUUCAGGGUGCAGUUUCAAGGACUGCGGCAGAUUUUCACUCUACCAGAUAUCUUCUCUUCAGCAAAGAUUUAUAUUUGACAUGAGUCCUCAGGAAAUGAAAGAAUUACCCAAGGAUGAACAAGAUGAUCAGAAUGAAGUUGGUGUUUUGAUAUCAGAUGAUGAGGAUAUUGCUGGAGAUGAGCCAGAACCUCCAGGGGAACCAGAUCCAGAACUUGUGAAUGUCGAAGUCGAGGAGGUUGAUGAUGUUCCUCAAGAGAUUGAAGAAGGUCAUGCUGACGAUGAGGAGGAGGAAGAUGAGGAUGAGGAUGAAGAAGAUGAAGAUGAAGAGGACGUUGAUGACGAUGAAGAUGAUGACUCCUCUGAGGGCAGAAAAGAAGAGGAUGAUGAUUCCGAUGAUGAAGAUGAAGAAGAUGACAAACGCCCAUUUAACGAUAGUGAUGAUGACGACAUGGAUGAGGAUGAUGACGAUAGUGAUGACGAUGAGGAGGCUGGUGGGUACAAUGCAGCCAAGAAAGGAAUCUCAGUGAAAAGAAAUAAUUUUAGCAAGGGGAAGGUUAUGCCAGGUGCAAGUUUUCCUUUGACUUCUGGCCAAGGAUAUAAAGGAGACAUUGAGGAUCUGAUCAGAGCAGCUGCUCAGGCAGAGGAAGGUGAAUCAUCAACGGGCAAGGAGGAAGUUGUAAACCUUGACCGUCUGGAUCAUGAGAUUCAUGCCGUACCUGAAGUUACCAUUAAAGCCACAGAUGAUAUUGAAUGUGAGGUAGUAAAUGUAAUUGAGGUUGAAAAUGACAUUGAAGAAGUAAUAGAUGAGGAUGAAGAAGAAGAGAACCAAAGUUUCAAAGAUCUAGAUGUAGACAAAGUGCCCUUUCUGAAGAAAAGUCAUACUGUAGCUGACGAUGAAGACCCACCCCAAAAGCGAAUGAAAAAUUCUUAAGCUCCCCAUUUUGCUGUCUUGAGACUUAUUUUGCUAAAGUUCAUGGAGAAAUUCACUUUGGUUUGCAUAUAAGCUGCCCUCUGCAUAUCAUUCAUGUUGCAUGUUGUCAGUUCAGGAAGUGGAAAAUAUCUUAUUGAAAUCGUAUGGCUCUAAGUUAUGAUUAAGUUAAGUUGAGUAUUGGGCCCCAUUGGCCAUAUCCUGAAGGAUAACUGGUGCCAAACGGGUUGUGUGCUCCGCCACCACUGGUACUGCAGUUACAAGAAAUUUGUAUGCAACCUUUCUCACUAUUUGCGAUUGUGAAGUUACCCACGACAGGCUAUUUCCAGUGAAAUGUCUGCACACAAAAGAAAUCUCUCUGGUGUAAAACUCUUUUUAGGCCCUUCAAAAUAGACCUUUCUGACCCAGUAUGUUACCAUUGAGCAGCAUUUAUUUUUCAUUGCUGUCUGUUUACUUUGAUCAAAGCUUCUGGUAAGUUUUAUAAAACUUUAAAAAGUUAUUGUUCUUUAAUGAAGAUUGUUUCGUUGUUUGCUUUAUUUUAAAAUAUUCAGGAUUGAAGGUUUACUUUUUUUGUGGAUGCCUUAAACAUUAUUAAUGCUUUGUUAAAUUAUGUGUUAUACCCUUUAGAAAUUUUACAGAUGAUUUAUUUUGGGGUAUAGGGGAAAAAAGGAUUUCAAUCCUUUUCUGUACAUUUUAUGUUAAGUUUCAUGUGACUGAUAGUAUCAACAGUAUUCAUUCUCAUGAAGACUUUUUCCUCUCAUCUCACUACAUGCUGUUAAGUUUCUGUGAGCAUGAUGUACUGAUAAUUAUAUUAUUUGCCUCUUGUAUGUAUCACUUAACUUAUUUUAAUUAGAGGCACUUUUAAAUUUCUUGGAUUAUUGUUUAGGACUGAAUUUGUUACUGUGGAAUAUCUUCCGUGUGAACAUUUGCCACAACUGAACUGUGAUAUUUUUCCUUAAUUCCCAUCAAUCAUUGUCAAUGUGGUUCUGUAACUUUCAGUUACUGUUCUGAAAAUAUUUUGUCUCUUCAAUACCUUAACUUAGUGUAUUAUUUAGGCUCAUUGUUUUCUACUCAAUUUUUUCCUUGUUUUCUCUGAAUCCUUAAUGUGUAACUAAGAGCUGUGUGGUUACUCAUUUAAUUUUUAAUUUUUUGGUUGAUGGCAAAAAACACCUCUUUAGAAAAUUCCUAAAUUUCAUCAUCAUUUUGUUUCUGUAAACUUGUAGACAUACUUUAAUUAAAGUAUCUGAUAUUUUCUCUCCUCGUCAAUGAAAGUUAAUGGAUGUGGAUUUCGUUUGUAUUGUUUUUAACUUGUAACAAAGUGGCUAGUGAACAACCAAAACGUCUGCAAUAUACUGCACUUAUUUUUUCGUUCCAUAAGUUAAGAAUCUAUUUACUGAGCCCUUGCAGAUCUGUGGAUAUGUGUUUGUUCAAAUGUGAUAUGUGUUCUAGUUCUGUUUUAUUAAGGAAUGUCGUGAGUUCAUUUCCCUCUGGAAGAAAAGUAACCACCAUUUGCUGAUAAUGAAACAUCUAUUUUAAGUUUUGUCAUCCUUUUUAAUUUUGCAAUUAUUCUACAAGUAACUGGUUUGAAUUGAUGUUGCACUUCGAUGGCAAGGUAUUUGAUUAUUAUAAUAAAUAGUGACUCUGUACAAAAACAAAACUGCUUCCUACUUAUUUUUUGAUGAUGUGGGAAUUACUUGAGCGUUCCUCGAAAUGUGCCAUACGAUAAAAA